UCUAAACAGCUGAUUUAUCAUCGCCUUGCAUCCUCAGCCCGCAAUAGUUAGGUUACUUGACUUUGCUGCGGGUUAUUUGUUAUCGAGCGGGUUAUUUGUUAUCGACUAUUGAAAAAAAAGACUGUUACGGAAUUAUUAUAGCUAAACUUUUGAAAUUAUUUUAUUUAUAUUAUGUUCAAGGUAGAGCCUAGAGGGGUUGCAAUGCUUAAAUUUCUAUCCCUAUAUUAUAGCCGACUAGUUUGUUGCUCAGGCUGCACCAGACUUUUACAUUUCACAGUUUCUGCUGGCUCUCCUUUUCAUUCUACUGCUACACUGUUCACAGAAAAAGAAAAGAUUGACCAAUUUGAGGAAGACUAUGUCACUCUUAGAGUGCCUUCUUCUGUUGAUGCUGCUGGUGCUCGUGAUGCAUUUUUGAAUCUGGCAAAAAAGUAUCAUCCAGACAGUGGUCAUCCUGCAGCAGAUGAAGGCAAAUUCAAGAUGAUAGAAAAGAGCUAUAGAUGUCUCCUGAAGAAGUUCAGUGAUGAAAGAAGACACAACUGUGAUGCAGAAGGAGAGUAUGGGCUCUAUUAUGAAGAGAAAAAGAGUGAACGAGAAAAGCCUGCUGAUGAGGAGGCUCCAGAUAAAGGUUUUUAUUCAAUAAAGACAAGUGCUCCUCAACACAGGCAGUACCUAAGCUAUGAGGGCAUUGGUCUUGGCUCGCCAGCUCAAAGGGAGAAGCAAUUCUCCAGAUUCAAAGCCAUGAGAGCCACUGAAAAUAUCAUUGAUUAUAAGGUGCAACAGCUGCAGCAGGAGCAUCCAGAGACAGGGCUUGUUGCUAAGGAAAAAGCUGCAACGCGUAAGAACAGAACAAGGUAUGGGCUGGAGCGCGUUGUAGAAGACCUCAUCCAGGAAUCGAUGGCUAAAGGGGAAUUUGAUAAUUUGUCGUGUACAGGCAAGCCUCUGCGGCAUGACAACUACAACCCUUACCUCGACGUUGCCACGCACAAACUAAACCAGGUUCUUAUCGAGAACGGCUACGCUCCUCAAUGGGUGCAGCUCGAGAGAGAAAUUCGUGAUGAUAAAGAAUGGAUUAAGAACCAAUUGAAGAAAACGCGAGCCACGCUCGGGCUUCAGCCGCUCGCUUUAAAUGAGCAGAAACUCUGGGAUCAGGCCGUGGCGUCACUGAAUUUUCACCUAUCAGACCUGAACAAGAAGAUCGACAGGUACAACCUGCUGGUGCCCGUGCUGAGCAAGCAGAUGGUGCAUUACCCCCUGGACAGAAUUUCAGCUAAUAUUCUCACCGAGAGUUACAGCAAACAUCACCCUAAUGUGCGGGAAUUCCUUGCGAGUUUGAAUAAAGCAGCGCCACGGCACUCACGGGUCGACAGCACCUCGUCCAUUGAUCAGAUUAAUUCUGGUGAUAAGACAGCUGUCACAGCGAGUGCCAGGAGCGUCAGCGAGCAGACCAAUCCACUGCAAGAGCUUUUGAAUGUAUUUAAAAGAACGCCAAAAAGUUAGCUCAAUUCUUAUAGGCACUGAUUUCGAUGAGAAAUUUUCUUAUCCGUAUUAACGUCAUUUGAUGGAUAUUGAUUGUCACUCAUUAGAUGAAAAGUUGAUCGAAAUUAACGAAAUUUAUUUAGAUUUCAGCAAUAAUAAUAUCUUUUGUCAGUUCCUUACUUCAUGCUUGUAAAUUUAAAUAUUUCAAAUUAUUGUAGGAGGAAACUCGUGGCAUAAAAAAUAUAUUUAUAUUUUGAACAAUAGCUUAAAUAGAAUAUUGUCCUUGAACUUUUAAUAUUGUUGACAUAAUAGUAACUAAUAUCUUAUUAUAGACAAAUUUUCAGACCAUAUUGAAGCCUUCAGUGUGAAUGCAGCGCAAGACGUUAUUUUUUUUUUAUUAAAAUGCGCUGAUGGCA